AUGAAUCCUCUUCAGACGGGUACUUGGCAAAACAAUGCUCCAUCUUUCUGGCUUCUGAAAUUCAGUUUUAUCUGGCUCUUCAGUCAGAACUGUUGUAUGGCAAGCGCAGUUUGGACUGCGUACAUGAACAUAUCAUUUCAUGUGGGGAACCGCAUGCUGUCAGAGCUGGGGGAAACCGGGGUCUUCGGCAGAAGCUCCAUUUUGAAGAGAGUAGCAGGAGUUGUUGUGCCACCAGAGGGAAAAAUUCAAAAUGCCUGUAAUCCCAAUACCAGUUUCAUCCUGCCACGGAAUAAAGAGCCGUGGAUUGCACUCAUUGAACGAGGAGGUUGUGCCUUUACACAGAAAAUUAAGGUGGCAUCGGAAAAAGGAGCCAGAGGAGUGAUCAUUUAUAACUUUCCAGGUACUGGCAACCAGGUUUUCCCCAUGUCUCACCAGGCCUUUGAAGACAUCGUUGUAGUUAUGAUUGGUAAUGUCAAAGGAAUGGAAAUUUUGCAUUUAAUUCGGAAAGGAGUUCAUGUUACAGUCAUGGUGGAGGUGGGAAGAAAACAUGUCAUCUGGCUGAAUCACUAUUUUGUCUCCUUCAUGAUCGUCACGACCGCCACAUUAGCAUAUUUCACCUUUUAUCAUAUCCGGAGACUUUGGGUGGCAAGAAUUGAGGACAGGAGAUGGAAGCGAUUAACCAGAGAGCUCAAGAAAGCUUUUGGGCAGCUGCAAGUUCGAGUCUUGAAAGAGGACGACGAGGAAGUCAAUCCGAAUGCGGAUAGCUGUGUCAUCUGCUUUGAAGCCUAUAAGCCCAAUGAAAUAGUUCGUAUUCUCACUUGCAAACACUUUUUCCACAAGAAUUGCAUUGACCCCUGGAUCCUAGCCCAUGGCACGUGCCCCAUGUGCAAAUGUGACAUUCUGAAAGCUCUGGGGAUUCAGAUGGACAUUGAGGAUGGAACAGACUCUCUGCAGAUUCUGAUGUCAAAUGAACUGCCUGGAACUUUUACACCUGUGGAAGAAGAGACAACGAGUGAGCUGCCUCCUGCCCGAACAGCAAGCAAAGGGGCCCACGUGCAGGAGCACCCGACUUCGUCCGUGGAUGCUGGCAGCCAGCCUCCCGAAGCAGUGGAAACCGGUCAUUCUUCACUUGGACAGCGUGACCUUUGA